UCUUGCACGCUAUUUCCGGCGCAUUGGGAACGCCCACCGAGCGCGUGCGGCGUCGAGGCUCGCGGGAGUAAGUUGCCGAGUCGCGUGAGCUCCCGGUGCGACCCCCGCGAGACCGAGCACGGGCGCGGAGAUGAAGGUGGAGGCGGAUUCGGCGGCGCACGGUGUCCCGCGCCGUGAAGAAGACGGGCUGAAGCAGGAGGAGGAGGAGCAGGAGGAGGAGGGAGGUGCGCGCGGCGGGCCGUUCGUGGUCGUCAAGCUGGAGGAGGAACAGGACGCACGAGCGAGCCCCGCUAGCCUGCUCGCGCCCGUCGAGUCCUCCGACGAGGAGCUCGAGCCGCGCGGCGGCAACGGUCGAGGCCAGGAAGAGCAAGCAGAACGUCCACGUCGGUGCACAAGGGGACAGCGGAAGCGGCCGGGGGGCUCCUUGGCUGGGACGAGGGGUUCGGGCCCUGGUGCUGUGAGCAGGAUGGAAGAGAUUGCAGAAGCAGAUGCGGGGGCGGAGCUUCAUCAGAACACUCCUCCAAAAAAGCGCGCUCGAUGGACCCUGUGGAACCUUCCCCCGCCCAGGACGUCUGGCUCGGGCGUCUGGAAAUAUUUCGAACAGUUCACAAACCCAGAUGGGCAGGUCGAGGACGACGGCUUCCCCGUGUGCAAGCUGUGUCAGCAGAAGGUGGCGUGCAAGAGAGGGAACACCUCCAACAUGCUGAGACACCUGCAGGACCAUCACGCUGCAGCCUACCGCCAAGCAAAGAAAGUGGAUGCUGUAUGGUCCGAGUCAGAUUCAUCUGAUUCGGACAAGGGGAGCACAGGGGAGGACGAGGACCAUCUGGGAGAGGAGUGGCAAAGUGAAGAUCACAGCGAGGAAGUCGAUGACGAAGACGAUUCAGACUACGGGGAGGGCCGAUGCCAAAAAUCCCCUCGUCGAAGGAGGCGGGUCCGAUCGGCCGUGUGGCAGUUCUUCGGCUGUGACGACAGCUUCCCGGCGACGGAGAGGAGGCCGGCCUGUAAGCUGUGUGGCUGGAAGCCGUCAGUGGGCUCCACGUGCAGUACGAGCAACAUGCGCUAUCACCUUCAAGCCCACCAUCAGAUCGUGUGUCCACUGGUCCAGGCUGCAACAUUUGCAGGUCCUGUCAUCCCAUUGGCUGAAGGGGACGAGCAAGUGAAGCUGUACCCGCCGAAGACCCGCCGGAAGUCCGCCGUGUGGAAGCUCUUCGGGUUCGUGAAGAACGCCGAGGGGGUGGUGGAGGAGAACGGCUUCCCCAUCUGCAGGCUGUGCCAGCAGGUAGUGGCCAGUAAAGAUGGGAACACGUCGAACAUGUACAGUCACCUACAGCGUCACCAUCAGGACGUGUACGCUGAAAUAAAGGAAGCUGUCCAGCCUUCCAGAACAGAGCAGCUCCGGGAGUUACCAGAGUCAGUGGUGCUUUACCCUCCAUCAAAACACUGCAAGUCACCUGCCUGGAAGCAUUUCGGAUAUCUCGGAAGUGCCGAGGGUGUUUUGAAAGAGGACGGAUUUCCUCUCUGCAGAAUGUGCCUUCGGAAGGUAUCUGCCAAGGAUGGAACAACUUCAAACAUGCUAAACCACUUACGGCGCCACCAUCAGGCUGAGUUUGAGGAAGUCAAGCUAGCCACUGAUGCGUUACCUAUGGGGAGUGUGGAGGAUGGGAGUGGCUUGCCAGAGCUGUUUCCGCCCACCAGACUACCGCUGUCGCCGGUGUGGGACUACUUUGGAUACCCCAAAAAUGCAGACGGGGUGAUCGAGGAGAAUGAACACCCCAGAUGUAAAGCCUGCAGGCGCUCCAUAAUCUCCAAGCAAGGAAUUCUGGCAAACAUGCUGAGACACUUAAAAUUCCACCACAACUCUCUUUUUGCCGAGUUGAAGUUAAGAACUGGUGGUCCCAGACAGUACAAGGAGAGGAGACAUCCCUCACCUGUUCGCACAACACCAGAUGAACUUUAUCCACCCAAAAUGGCUCUCAGGUCUGCUGUUUGGAAAUACUUUGGAUACCUCAAAAAUUCCAGGGGGAUUAUUGUGCCGGAUGGUUUCCCUGUGUGUAAGCUGUGCCUGCGAAAGGUCAGUGCACAAGGAGGAAGCACAACAAACAUGAUGGUUCAUCUCCAGAGAUAUCAUCUUGCGGAGUUUGCAAUAAUGAAGCUGUGCAGUGAAGAGACUGAUGACCAAGUUCCAAAGCAAACAUACCAACCUUCAGAGCUUCAUCCACCAAGAGAUCUGUUAGAGCCUGUGUGGGAACAUUUUGGGUACCCCAAAGAUACAGAUGGUGUCGUCCAGGUGGAUGGGCGUCCUGUGUGUAAACUCUGUGGGAGUAAGGUCUCCUGUGUAGGAGAAGAUACAAAAUUUUUGUAUAGGCAUCUGUGGAAGAAGCACAACUCUGUGUACCAUGAGGUCAAGGUGGCCACAAAUUCAUUCCGAGAAGAGGAGGGCCGUGAAAUGCCAGUUCUGUACCCACCAACCCAGAAGGUGAAAUCUGCUGUCUGGGAAUACUUUGGCUACCUGAAAGAUACAGAGGGAGCCGUGGUGUGCGAUGGCUUCCCCAUCUGUAAACUCUGCCAGCUGAACGUGUCUGCUAAAGGAGGCAAUACCAGCAAUAUGUUCAAACAUCUCAAGGACCAUCACAAGGAUAUCUAUGAUGAAAUCAGGCCAUCCGAAGUAGUUGCAGGUGUCUGCUCACCUUCAGAACUCUAUGCACCAGAUGGGCAGAACUCAAAGUUAUGGGAUUAUUUUGGAUACACCAAGAAUGUAGAUGGUGUCCUAAUGGAAGACGGAGCACCAGUGUGUAAGAUUUGUGUCCACAAACUGAUGUCCAGAGGUGGGACCAUAUCGAACAUGAUGAAACACCUCCUGGACAGUCAUGACGCUGUGUAUGCAGAAGUACAGGCAGCAAUCGCGCCUUCAGGGCCUGGUGGUGAGCUGGGUCCUGCUGAGGUUCUGGAUCCUUCUGAGCUGCAUCCUCCGAUACAAGACGUCACAUCUCCCAUCUGGCAGUACUUUGGUUUCCUGAAGGACGCGGAGGGUUUGGUAGUUUUUGACGGCUUCCCUCUCUGCAAGAUGUGUCAUCAGAAAGUGGAAGCCAAAGAGUGGGACCCAGCAAAUAUGUUCUUACACCUGAAGGUUCACCAUCUGCAUGUUUACAGAGAAAUCAAGCUGGCAGGUGGAAAGAAGAUCUACAAGCCAUUUGAGCUCUCGCCUCCAAACGGCCAACUCGACCUACGAUUAUGGGAGCACUUUGGAUAUCCCAAAAAUGCAGAUGGCGUUGUUGAAGACGAUGGAGCCCCAGUGUGUAAAAUUUGCCUUCAGAAGCUCACCACAUCCUCCAAGGGUGUGAGAGUCAGCACCACCAUGUUGCGACACCUCCGGAAAAAACAUCUGGCUGUGUACAGGGAAGUCCAGGAAGCGAUCAAUGCACUGCAGCCUGAGUGUGGUGCAGACGUCCUGGAGUUCCACCCGCCCACACCCAACAUCACAUCUCCCGUCUGGGAGUUUUUUGGGUACCUGAAGGAUGGGGAGGGGUCUGUGGUGUGUGAUGGCUUCCCUAUCUGCAAAAUGUGCCGGCUGAAAGUGGCAUCUAAAGGGGGAACCACAUCCAACAUGUUUAAACAUCUCAAAGAUUACCAUCGGCCCAUAUACGAUGAGAUAAGGUCUGCAGUUACAAAUGAGAGAUUUGAGGAUGUUUGUUCAUCUGCUGAUAUUUAUCCACCGAGCCAUCGGUAUGACCCCAUACUGUGGGAGCACUUUGGAUAUCGAAAAAACGCAGAUGGAGUGCUUGAAGAGGAUGGUGCACCAUUUUGUAAACUCUGCCUUCGAAAAUUAGUGUCUAAGGGCGAGACAGCAAGAAACAUGAGGCAGCACCUCAAAGAGAACCAUAACAUUGUCCAUCCUGAACCAGAGGAGGUGGUCAGCACAUUGAUCUUGGAGGGGGAGAAUGAAUCCUCAAACCUUCAUCCGCCAACUCGCAAGGUGAAAUCGGCAGUGUGGAAGUACUUCGGCUACCCCAGAGACACGGAAGGGUCCGUGAAGUGCGACGGCUUCCCCAUCUGCAAACUCUGCCAGAAGAAAGUGUCUGCAAAAGGAGGAAAUACCACCAACAUGUUCACGCAUCUCCGAGAUUACCAUCGAACAACCUAUGACGAAAUCAAGGCUGCGAUCCCCACACGGCCAGAGAGCGAGCUGGAGCCCCUGGAGCUCCACCUGCCCACCUCGGACGCCGUUUCCCCUGUCUGGAAGUACUUUGGCUACCUGAAGGACAUGGACGGCGCCGUGGUGUGUGACGGCUUCCCCAUCUGCAAAAUCUGUCAACAGAAAGUGGUGGCCAAAGCCGGCAACACGACCAACAUGCUCAUUCAUCUCCGGGCGUACCAUCUGGACAUCUACAAAGAAGUCAAGCCAGCAGUUGCAAAAAAAGUUCUGUACAGAUCCUUGGAGCUCUAUCCACCCAACGGCCAAAGCGAUAUAAAGCUGUGGGAUCACUUUGGAUAUCCCAGGAACGCAGAGGGUGUGCUGCAGGACGAUCGAGCUCCCAUCUGUAAACUCUGCCUGCGGAAGCUGAUCAAAGCCUCCAGUGACGGGACGCCGACCACCAACAUGCUGAGACACCUCCGCAAGAAACACCAGGCUGUGUACGAAGAAGUCCAGGAAGCCAUUACGGCUCUGAGGACCGAGUGGGGCAUAGAACCUCCGGAGCUUCACCCGCCCACGCAGAACGUCACGUCUCCGGUCUGGCAGUUCUUCGGCUACCUUAAAGACGCACAGGGCUCUGUGGUGUGUGACGGCUUCCCCAUCUGCAAAGUGUGUCAGCAGAAAGUGGCUUCCAAGAGCCGGUGUACAACAAAUAUGUUCAAACAUCUUAAAGAUUAUCACAGGGCCAUUUACGACGAGAUCAGGUCUGCAGUUACUAACGAGACGUUUGAGGACGUGUGCUUGCCCGUCGACCUCCAUCCGCCCAGUGGCCGGUACAACCCAAAGCUCUGGGAGCACUUCGGAUAUCGGAAAACCGUAGAGGGCCGGCUCGAGGAAGACGGCGCUCCGAUCUGUAAACACUGCUUCCGGAAGCUAAUCUCCAAGGGCGAAACUACGGCGAACAUCAUGCAGCACCUUAAAGAGAACCACAAUGCCGUCUACACGGAAGUACAGGUGAACCGUCUGUUUUUUAAAAGUGCAGUGAACCCGUUCACCAUCGGGGGUGCCACCGAGCUCCCCGAGCUCCAUCCCCCGGAGCACAGGGUGAGGUCAGCCGUGUGGAAGCACUUCGGCUACGUGAAGGACGCGCAGGCUCCGACCGACUGUGCCGGCUUCCCCAUCUGCAAAAUCUGCCUCGCCAAAGUGUCCAACAAAGGGAAGGUCACGGCAAACAUGACGGCACAUCUCAAGGAUCACCACAAAAGCAUCUACAAUGAUCUAAAGAUACCUGAAAAAAAGCAGAAGAUGAUGAGUGCUGAAGAUCUCCCAGAGCUCCACCCCCCCAGUAAACGGCCUCUGUCUCCCAUAUGGCAACAUUUUGGCAUUCCCAAAAAUGCAGAUGGCAUCGUUGAAGAUGAAGGAUGCCCUGUCUGUAAAACAUGUGGCAAAAAAAAUUUCAAGUCAAGAUGCACGAAAAAUGAUAAGACAUCUGCAAUUUUGCCAUAUUCAAGUUUAUGAGGAGUUCAAGAAGUCCCUGAGAACAGCAAAGUUGGGUCUGGAAGGAGGUGCCCCCAGCGAACUUCACCCCCCAUCCAAAAAUGUCCGUUCUUCCGUCUGGGAAUACUUUGGAUACCUGAAAAAUCCAGAUGGAACGAUAAACGUGGACGGGCGGCCGAUCUGCAAGACGUGCUUUCAGAAGGUUUCCAGCCAGGGUGGCAACACCACAAACAUGUUCAAACACCUGGAAGACAAGCACGGCUUUAGCCAAUAGAGAGGCUUCAGGCUGGUCAUGUGACACCAACUCCAAGAAAUGCGCAUGUGAAGAUCUAUGAUAUGGAGCAUAUGUAUACACCCCCCUUAUUUAUCUGUUGUGGACACGGGGUUCUGCGGUUCCUAGGGAUACCAUACCGUUUUGUUUUUGUUUUUUUCCUUUUUUCCACUGCCACUUUUUCCAAGAACUGGAUUUAACAGACAAGACGUGCUGCUAUAAAAAGAUGAAUCGCUACUGCUGGAUUAUUCUGUGAUGCGUCUAAAGAGAUGAGACUUUCUGCGUCUAAAAUGUUAACCUUAUCUGGACAUGCAAAUACCUCAUGCUGAAACCUCAAUCGUCGUCUUACCUCAUAGACUCCAACAAAGGCCAGAAAAGCUCCGGGUCUAAGAUGGCUCCAAGACUGGGAGUGGUCUGCUGUUUUGAAUUCAAGUCCUCCAACAAAAGAUGUGCGCGGAAGUUGGUUAAAGAAAUACUCACUCUGAGUUCCCUUGCCACACGAAGAUCAGGUGCGUGAUCUUGUGGUUCUGUUGGUUUGUCUUCUAGUUUGGGGCUGUGAACGUUUUUGUAAUCUGCCUAAUGACAAACUUUCCCUACCCAGUGGGAGAUGCUCCACUUUGCUACUGAAGUGUAUUACUUAGUAAUAAAGUGAAAUGUGCACCAAACAGGGAACAGAUGCUGGGUAAGAGUGGGCGUGCUGGUCCCCUCUAGGCGAAUGGGCGUACUGGCCUUUCCAGUCCGAGCGUGGUGCGAAGGCCGUGGGGAGCGGGAUGCCCAGCCCGUGCCUGGUUGGUGUCGGGGAUGUGCCGCUGAAUGUGCACGUGAUGCUGAAUUUAAAACUCAUGCUGGGGAGAUGCAGAGGCCUUUGGAUGGAGUUCUGGGAAAUGCAUGGUCUCCCCGAGCUGGCAGCUGGAGGACUCGCUGCUCAUCUUGGACGGACUUCUGAACAUUUCUGGCAAAUCCUAAUCGGGACUUUGGCACUCGGGACCGCCUCUCCUGUGCUGACAUGGUGUGAGCGUUUCUUUCGUUAGCUGUAGGCAGCUGAGUUAAAUUAUACGAGCUCUGCCGUCACUCAGUAGUGUGUUCUGAGCACUAUGCCACGUAGCUGGUUCUUGGGUUGGGUAGUCAGAAAGAUCGGGGUUUGAGGAUAGCUUGUGUUUAAACCUGCUUUGGGACCAGUCGAGCUGGGGAUCUUGGCCUGAGAGAAAUGUUUGCUGAAAGCUCCAACACCACGUUUGUCUCAGUCAGUCUGGGUCACCCUCUUAUUCCCACAUCUAAUGUAUUUGACAAUUUUACAUACAGUUUGGUUUGUUUAACUCUUUCUCCUUUUAAGCCUCGGUUAGACGCCGUUCGGGAGAGAGUAGAUGAACUGAGAGGCCAGAAAUGCGGCUUUAUUUUGCGUUCUUUGGCCUCCAUUCUUGUGACUUCUCUACACCGUACAUAUGUGUACAAAUCAACACCGUUUUUGUCUUUGAUCUUUCUCCAAGCGCCGUGAACACUGAGCAUGUGUGCUGACCUCUGAUGGUUACCAGGUGUUCCUUUGGCUUGGUACUUGGGGAUUUUUGAAAUUUGUGUGUGUGUGUCACUGAUUCUGAAUGCAUGUCUGGUAAAGGGAGGAGGAACUGUACAACAUUUAUAUGUGGACAUUUUGUUCACGCAAACAGUGAAGCCUCAAACUGAACAUUUUGUUUAACACACAAAAUGGCCUUUAAGGUCUGGUGGAAAACUGAAGAUGAACCUGAACUUUGAACCGUGGUGACAUGGGCAUGUAUGGCUGACAGUGUGCUUAUUGGUGAUUGGUGGGUGCUGCCGGUCUUCUUGUUGGUGAUUAGUUGGUAUCAGCACAUACCAGUCACUGACCCUCACUGUGCAGCACUUUGCCACAGGGUAAUGAGCCUGUAAACCUCCUGUAAAAGCAUCUCCAGGCUUCUUGAGGCCCAAGAGAGCAGAACGUGUUUGAUUGGCUGAGUCACCUGACCUGAAACCCGCCGAGUAGCGUUCCGCUCGCUGAAGGCAUGAAAAUCCCGAAACAAACGGGAACUGAAGACGGCAGGAUUCCAGGAAGAGCGUGAGGGUGUCGGAUGUCGGCCGACACUUGGUGAAGGCUUUGCAGGCUGUUAUUGAACGUGCUCAAGUACAGAGCCAAAGCCACAGAAGUCUGUCCCUCCACUACGUGUUCACAUGCCUGGGGACUUAUACGCGUCUGUC